UGGAGGCCGGCCGCAGUCGGCGGUCGCAGGCCGCGCAUGCGCACAGCCCUAGCCCCGGUACAUCACUACUUCGACCAUUUUUAUAAACAUCGCGCACUCUAUCGUUUGAUACCAAGUUAACCUGUAAUUUUACCCCGCAAAGUGUAACACUGUCUUGACAGAAUAAUUAAUGUAGACUACAAUCCCGUACUAGAAAAAUGAGACUGCCGAUUUUCGAUAUGCCGAUGAAGAAGUCGUGCAAACCGGCGAUGCUGGGGCGCGUGUGGGCGGCCAGCCGGCGUGCGCUCAGCCUGGAGCACUCGCCGCCGCACCAGUUCGCCUGCUGCCAAUGGCAGACUGGCCACAAACCCUCGAUGUACUACCUCACAUAUAGAUGGUUAGUGUUCCUGACGGUGACAUCUAUAGCGGUGGCGAGCUUCGCGUGCCAGCGCCUGCCGCGGCUGUACAAGGGGCCCAAGGUGGAGCUAAACUACUUCAAGUGGUUCAUCUACUUUACCAACUGGGGUUACCUCCUCAUUGCACUGCAGGCUGCACUCGCCCUCGCCGUUGUACACCGCUACAGAAAUGAAAAGAGUCUUAAUAUUAGUUGUGAUGAUGACGAGAUACAAAUGCCGCGGCGUCAGAAGACGCCGGUGCUGUGCCGCUUGUACUGGCUGGCGCACACCGUCGCCACCGACCUCGCUUUCGUCAUCACGCUCGUAUACUGGACGCUCGUACAUGACCCUAGAAUACAUGAGGUCAACGCGCUAAACCUGUUGGUGCACGGUGGAAACUCGCUGGUGAUGCUGGUCGAGCUAGCGCUGACGGCGCACCCGGUGCGCGCCGCCCACGCCCUCUACGGCGCCGGCGCUGGCCUCGCCUACGGCCUCUUCAGUGCUCUCUACUGGGCACUCGGUGGCACCGACCGCCUUGGACUGCCCGCUAUAUACCCAACCUUAGACUGGAAUAAACCUGGGUCUGCGUUCGGAUUUGUGGCCUUAUGCGCUGUGGUGAUGAUGUUCGCGCACGGCGUGGCGACGUGCCUGGCGGCGGUACGGGCCCGGGCCGCUGCGCGCCUUCGCCCCGCCGCGCACGACCGCCUCGCCCUGCCCGCGCACUGA